AUGCUCCUCAAACAUCAAAAAUCAAUAUCCCAGGAAUUGAACUUCAUUGCUCUGAGCGAUCCUGAAAAACGUACUGAAUUUUGGGAUACAAUUCGGAAAGUGCUGGCAGACACUGAGGCGACGACCGGGACAAAACUUUUGCUUGAGAAAAGAAGUUUGACUCUCCGAAACGUGAUGGCACCGGAUGUUUUCUCUAUUCUCAAUUAUUUCAAUCCAAACUGCAUAGAAGAGAUUCAAUUUAAAGGAGAAUUUCGAGUAGCGCAACCACUCUAUGGGAUCGUCGAUUUGCCUCAUUGGAAUCAUUUGACGGAUGUCACACUUCACGGUUUCGAUAUUGGGAAUAUUGCGCAAAAUAUAUCUCAUUUGGAAUGGUUUUCCGCUGACGUUAGAGUGCUCACUGCUGAGGAUGUGCUACAGAUAAAAAAUAUGAUGCUACGUUCUGGUCAGUUGAAAAUGUGUAAGUUAUAUGGCUACUCAAACCAAAACGAGAGUUUUCAACAAUCACUUGGCCCGAUAUUCACAGAGGAAGAAUUUCAAGAAGGAAUUCAGGAGCAAACGUGGAAAUUCAAUUCCUCAAUACCAGGAAAUGUUUUGGAAGUUAAAUGUGUUGGACCAACAAUUGUUUUUGAAAUGACAUAA